UGUCAGUAGUAGACGUGUGUUUCGCUUGUUCCUAGCUAGCUAGGAGCCUUGACACUAGUGCAUGAAGAGUGAUUAGCACUUUUGUGUGACUGGUGAGGUGACCAUUUUAUAACUGACCAGUAGAUACAUAUUUCGUUUCUUAAAAUUUGCCACCACACUAAUCGUCAAUCCAAAAAACUCUGGUUGAGAUGAUGGAUGAGAAGUAAUUGGAUCUUCAUUGAUCAUCAGUCAGGCAGAUGGCAGCCAUGUUUGGUCUGGUGAAAGUGUUGGGUACUUGGCAGCAGAGGAAUCUGUCUGGACUGGGCAGUUGGUUAUGAAUCUCCUCUUUUCAGAUUACACCAUUAGACCUUAACCUCGCCAAGACUGAUCAUGAAGAGAAGUCGACAUCCAAGCAGCAGCGAAGACUCUGACAAUGGAAGAAGGCGCAGGAGACUGACCAGAGAGACAUGGAGAGCAAGUAGGAGCAAAAAGACAGAGGGUCUCCAGACCAGGCAGAGGGAACUUAGUGCCAGACAGCGUUACUGGACAUUUAAAGAUGUCUUGGCAGGUAACUCCACUUCUUGGUCGCAACAUCCUCAACUCAGGAGAGCCAAUGGGUUGAAGCCCACAGAGGUGUUCAGGACAGACUUCAUCACGGCCAUGAAGCUCCAUGACACAUACCAUCUGAACCCAGAGGAUUACUACGUCCUGGCUGACCCCUGGAGACAGGAGUGGGAGAAGGGAGUCCAGGUCCCUGUCAGCCCUCACACCAUCCCCCAGCCUGUAGCCCGGGUGGUGGCUGAGAAGGGAACGGAGGUGAUGUUCUCCAAGCCCAAGAAGUGGAUCCGUUCGUGGUGUUCAGGGGCGCUGGGGUACGUGGACAUCCAGACCCUGGCUGAGGGGACGUGUGGAUACGACCUCAACGACACUGACGUGGCCUGGCUGGAGCUCAUCAACCACCAGUUCUCUCAGAUGGGCAUGGCUGUGCUGGACGAGACCACCAUGGAGAGAGCGAUGGAGGAGUUUGGGCGGUGUUGCUAUGACAGAAGGAGCCAUGCCAUAACAACUGAGGGGGGGCUUGGCAUGGAGUACGACGAGGACGUUGUGUGUGACGUCUGUCGGUCACCUGACAGCGAGGACAACAAUGAGAUGGUGUUCUGUGACAAGUGCAACGUCUGUGUUCACCAGGUGUGUUAUGGGAUUCUGAAGGUACCAAAGGGUAGCUGGCUGUGUCAGACCUGUGCUCUCUGCAUCUCGCCCAAAUGCCAAGUCUGCCCCAAGAAGGGCGGGGCCAUGAAGCCCACCCGCAGCGGAACCAAGUGGGUCCAUGUCAGCUGUGCCCUGUCGAUCCCCGAGGUGAGCAUUGGGAACCCAGAGAAGAUGGAGCCGAUCACCAACAUGUCCCACAUCCCCAGUAACAGAUGGGCUCUGACCUGCUGUCUCUGUAAAGACCCGACUGGAGCCUGUAUACAGUGUUCAAUUAAAAGCUGUCGGACAGCGUUCCAUGUGAGCUGUGCCUUACAGAGCAGUCUGGAGAGGAACACCACCAUCAAAGAGCAGGUCAAGUUCAAGUCCUUCUGCCCCAAACACUCUGGUCUGGUGGGAGGAGAGGGGAGGAAGGGAGGGAGAGUCAGAGGAGAUGAAGUCCCAAACCCAGUGGAGGCCCUGAGCAGCGGCCAGGAGGAGGUGAACCUCCGUCACAUCAAACUACAGCAGCUGGAGGAGGCGUUCUACCAGUUAGUUGACGUAAAGGAGGUGUCCCAGGCCCUGCAGCUGAACCAGGAGACAGUCCACUUCAUAUAUCGGUACUGGAAGCUGAAAUGCCGAGCCAAUCACAGCCAGCCGUUGCUGACCCCCCAGAAGGAGGAGGAGAGUCUGGCGAGGAGAGAUGACGUCCUCCUGGGGGGUCAGGGUGCCGCGCCUACACAGGCCACGCCUCCCAGGCCAGCCACACCCAGGCAGCGGUCGCUGGCGAUUGGCUGAUUGUCUCCAGCUGCAGAGGGGAGGAGUCUAACGGCAUCAGGAGCCACCAGAGAGGGGGAUGACUCUGACCCCUAACCCGCCCCGAUACCAGCAGGUAUCUCUCUAACCUUUGAA